GCAGGUUCUUCUUCCUGAAGCCUGAGCAAUAAAAUAGAAGUAAGGAAGAUAUCUGGCAGACUGUGACUCUUCUCUCCCAAUCUCAGCUCCGCAUCCAAUGGCUGCAUCUACAGAAGCAGAAGAAGAGAACAAAGCUUGGGAAGAUGUAAUUAGAAAAAUGUUACCCGUGGGAGCUCCAUUACCUGACGAAGACCACCUCGAUUACUCGAUCGCAGUUGAAUACGAAGGCCCUCCCAUUCCUUACGAUGUCCCUCGUGUCGAUCCCCUUGAUCUUGGUUCCCUUGCCGCUUCAGAUUUGUCUUCGAUUCCUGUCGCAGCUCCAAUCCCCACGAAACCCAAGUUCUCCAGCUUCAAAAAGAAUCGCAAUAAUAUCAGAAAUGGUAGCCCUCUUGAGAGCCAGAGGCCUUCCUCGGCUUCUAGAUCCCAGAUUGACUCUCGAAAUGGCGAUUACGAUUCCGAGAUCGAGGUUGAUAAGUCGCCGCCGCCACCACUACCGCAACCGCAACCGCAACCGGUUACUGUUGAUAAGAAGAAUGUUGUCGUCACGUUUAAUACGCCGAAAGAUUCGGAAACUGAAGAAGAAGAGGACGAUGGGUACUCUUCUUCCCAAUCCUGCGUGGCGGAUGCUGCUGCUUCUGUGGGAAAUGUGGAAACGCGUGGGAUUAAAAAGAAGGAGAAAAAGAGAGGAAUAUGCAGCAGGUGCGAGAAAGGGAGCAGAUUGAAGGAAAGAGAGGCAUGUUUGGUUUGCGAUGCGAGGUACUGUAGCAACUGCUUGCUUAAGGCCAUGGGGUCUAUGCCUGAAGGAAGGAAGUGCGUAGGUUGCAUCGGAAAGCCGAUUGAUGAAGCCAAGAGGUCUAGAUUGGGGAAGAGUUCCAGGAUUUUGAGGACAGUUUGUAGCGCUUUGGAGGUUAAGCAAAUUAUGAAGGCUGAGAAAGACUGUGCGGCCAAUCAGUUGAGGCCUGAGCAGUUGGUUGUUAAUGGGAGACAGUUGACUCCAGAAGAAUUGGCUGAGGUUUUAGGGUGUCCUUUACCACCGCAGAAGUUGAAGCCUGGGAAGUAUUGGUAUGAUAAGGAUUCUGGAUUGUGGGGAAAGGAGGGAGAGAAGCCUGACAGGAUAAUUAGUUCUAAGUUGAAUAUUGGUGGUAAGAUGAAAAAGGAUGCUAGCAAUGGGAACACAAGGGUGUACAUCAAUGGCCGUGAAAUCACAAAGAUUGAGCUGAGAGUGUUGAAGCUGGCAAAUGUACAAUGCCCUAGGGAUACUCAUUUUUGGAUGUAUGAUGAUGGAUCUUAUGAGGAAGAAGGUCAAAAUAACAUCAAGGGCAAGAUAUGGGAAAAGGCAUCUACUCGUUUCUUUUGUUCAUUAUUUUCACUGCCUGUACCACCUGCAAAUCCUCAUGGGCCACAAGAAGAUCCAACUACCUUUUCAGGGAGGUCAGUGCCUGAGUAUUUGGAGCAGGGAAGGGUACAGAAAUUGCUGUUAUUUGGGUUGGAAGGAUCUGGAACCAGUACAAUCUUCAAGCAGGCUAAGCUUUUAUAUGGGAAUGGGUUCUCUCCAGAAGAGCUGCAAAGCAUCAAGCUUAUGAUUCAAAGUAAUAUGUACAAAUAUCUUAGUGUAUUACUUGAAGGACGAGAGAGGUUUGAAGAAGAAGCUUUAUUGGUGCUAAGAACUACUAAUUUUGAUAGUGAAGAGUCUGCUUCAGGUGAAACUGUAGUUGAUGGAAGUAACCAGUGUAUAUAUUCAAUUAACCAAAGGUUCAAGCAUUUUUCUGAUUGGUUUUUGGAUAUUAUGGCUAUGGGAGACCUGGAUACAUUCUUUCCUGCUGCGACCCGUGAGUAUGCUCCUAUUGUAGAUGAGAUCUGGAAGGAUCCUGCCAUUCAGGAAACAUACAAGAGAAGUGAAGAAUUGCAUCAUCUUCCAGAUGUUGCCAAAUACUUUUUAGAUCAGGCUGUUGAAAUAUCAAGCAAUGAGUAUGAACCUUCAGAAAGGGACAUUUUGUAUGCUGAGGGAGUUACACAGAGCAAUGGUCUUGCCUUGAUUGAAUUCUCAUUUGAUGAUAGAAGCCCCAUGUCUGAAAUAUACAACGAAAACUUUGAAUGCCCUCCUUCCUUGACCAAGUACCAACUGAUUCGAAUAAAUUCCAAGGGGCUGCAUGAUGGUUGCAAAUGGCUGGAAAUGUUUGAAGAUGUAAGAGCGGUGAUCUUCUGUGUUGCUUUGAGUGAUUAUGAUGAGAUAUGGUGCCGUGGUACUGACCCGCUCUGUAAUAAAAUGUUGGCAAGCAGAGAUAUGUUUGAGAGUCUGGUGAGGCACCCUUCUUUUAGGGAAACCCCUUUUGUGCUUUUGCUGAACAAAUAUGAUGCCUUUGAAGAUAAGAUAAAUCGGGUUCCUUUGUCCACCUGUGAGUGGUUCAGGGAUUUUAGCCCCUUAAAGCCUCAUCAUAAUAACCAUGCCCUGGCACAACAAGCGUACUAUUACAUGGCUGUGAAGUUCAAGGAGCUAUAUUUUUCUAUAAGUGGCAGAAAAUUGUUUGUUUCGCAGACUAGAGCCCGAGAACGUGCGUCAAUUGAUGAGGCAUUCAAAUAUAUAAGGGAGGUGCUGAAAUGGGAUGAAGAGAAGGAUGAUAAUGUCUAUGGAAUCAAUGGGGAUGAUUCAUUUUACAGUACAGAAAUGAGUUCAUCUCCCUAUAUCAGGCAUGAAUAAUUCUCAUCUUCACCAAACCAACAGUUUGAACUGAGAAAGAUUUAACGCUUCAAGUUGUCAACUUGAUGCAGUUUGUGCUACUAUGAUUAACUUGGCUAGGGGGAUCUGAUAUUGUGAUGUCAGCUUGGUGGUGUUACAGAUCGAACAUCUUGGUGAUGGUCGGGUGUCAAAGUGUCAAGUAUUGAUAACAAUUUCUCUCUCUGCAUGCGCGAGCGUGCAUAUUUCAGUGAUUUUUGAAAUAAUUUGUACAUCUGUAUAGUUAUUUGUUCGACAUGGAAUAAAGCUAGCCUAUUGAAUCAAUUUGCAUUAGGAUGCGAUCAAAUGUAAAUAAAAAUCUUUUAUUAAACACAGCUGUUACAACCCAGUUGCAUGCCUGGAAAACUCAUUCCAUCAGAUCAGAUUACAGGGAGAGGCAGACGGGGUCUGGAGUUGACUUGUUGACUUUGGGUGGGAUAGACACGGUUUUAGCAAGAGAAAGUACACAUUUAUUUGUUGUUAUAUAUGAUGUUCCUUCCGUGUUCCAAUGGAAACCUGCCAUCCUCGGCUGUUUGUGGUGAUUUGGGGAGGACGUGCUCCAGAAAUUUGUUGAUUUAUUUAUGUAUAUUUUUACAGUUUCUACUGCUAUUGAAAACGAUAUUACUGUCUUGAGUCAUUAUUUAUGGGAAAGGAAACUUGUUUCUGUGUC